AUGCAAACGUUCCGUUUCAGUCCACCAGUCCCAGAUAGUCCCAACAGGUACAGGAUCACUGGUCCGGUCAGCCGAGAUCCGCCCACAGAGGCUGACUUGAUCCAGUCCAGAAAACUGAUCCAAAGUCUGAGGUCACAUGGUGAAGAUGACUUGGAGCUUCGUCACAGAGAGACGGUCAUGGAAAGGCUUGAUUCGCUCUAUCACGAGUGGCUGAGGGAGACCUGCGAACGAAUGGAGGCGAUCAGGCGACAGGAGGAGGACGUACAGGUUCAGGAGGCGCUCGUCCCGGCCAUCAGACUCUCCUUUGAUGGGAUUGAGGUUGAUUUACUGUAUGCUCGGGUGCCACGGUGGAACAUUCAUGCCAACACGGAUCUCCUCAGUGAUGAGUUUUUGGAGCACCUCGAUGAGCGCUGCAUCAGCAGUCUAGAUGGCUACAGAGUUACAGUGGAGAUCCUCCAUCUGGUGCCUCACAUCCACACCUUCAGGCUGACUCUGAGAGCCAUCAAGCUGUGGGCCAAACGACGUGGCAUUUACUCCAACAGGAUGGGCUUCCCGGGCGGAGUAUCAUGGGCCAUACAGGUAGCCAGAAUUUGCCAGGCGUACCCGACGGCUACACCGUCCACCCUGGUGAUGAAGUUCUUCCAGACCUACUACAUGUGGUGA